UGCAGCUAUGAACGACAGCAGCUCGUAUCCGUGGAAGCGACGGCGUAAACACAGCUUCUAUUACCAGUUGUGAAUCAAACGUCGACACUAGACGCAAUUAAAGUGACAACCAUAAUGGCUGACGGAGAAUACAAAACCGGAUUCGCUGCGGAUUUCGAGCCUCCACUGGACAAGAAACACGAAUGUCCUGUCUGCUACUUCGCACUUCGUGAUCCAAUACAGACAUCAUGCGGUCACAGAUUCUGUACUGACUGUAUCAACCAGAUUCUACUACUGCCACGUCCAAAGUGUCCAAUGGAUAAUGAACUAUUGAAGAGUGAUGAGAUUUUUCCUGAUAAUUUUUGUAAGCGAGAAAUACUAAGUUUGAAUGUACGAUGUCACAACAAGGAGAAAGGGUGUGACUGGCGUGGUGCUUUGAAGGAAUUGGAAGCCCACGAGAAUUCUUGCAUAUUUACUCUAAUUCAUUGCCCCAACGAAGGAUGUCAGAUUACUGUACCUGUCAAGGACCUCACUCAUCACCAGCAAAAUGAAUGUAAAUUUCGAUUGGUUCCUUGUCCCAUUUGCGGAAACUCAAUCGUUUUCAGUGAACAGAGAGAACACUUUAGUGCUAUUUGUCCAGAUAUUGAAAUUGACUGUGAGAACGAUUGUAAGAUGAAAGUGAAACGUAGAGAGAUGCCCGAGCAUCUUUCUGAACAAUGUCCGAAUACCAAGAUGCCUUGCGGUUUCGGCUUGCUUGGAUGUCCAUUUGUGGGCACAAAAUCUCAAGUCCAAGAGCACCAAAGCAACGAGCAACUGCAUCACUUACAGUUGAUGCUGACGAGGCUCAGUGAACCAGGGAGCGCCACCACUGCAGCCACAUCUGGUGCAGACGCAGAACGGCGACGCCAGUCUAUGGUAGGUAGCAGUACAACAACAGUUGCUCAUAGUAGUUCAGCACAGUUGACGUCAGCGACGACGACUGACGUCAACAGCGAGCGACUUCAGAACAAAAUCGUUGCUUUAUCGGCACAAAUGGAGUCGCUCAUGAGCGACAUUGUCGAUUCAAACCGUCAGAUUCAUGAGAAGCAAGACGAAAUCCAGACACAGAAAGAACAGAUACAAGAGAUGGUCGAUGCUGUGAGGCAUCUGCAAGGCACGUUUGACCGGCUCUCGCACGACAUAUCGAGCUGUCGUCGUGAGAUCUCUGUUAACAACACGAGAGUCGAGGGAUUCGAGCAAAAGCAAGUUGCAGCUCAAAGUAAAGUCGCAGCUCUGGAGCAGCAACAUGUAAGAAUCGAGAAGACGUUAUCGGUGAAAGACAACGCGUUGGCGGAGCACGACGUGCGAAUCCUGUCUCUAGAAAUGACGUCGUAUGAUGGGGUAUUACGUUGGAAGGUUACGGAUUUCAAUCGGCGACGAAGCGAAGCGAUCGCCGGCCGACGAUUAUCGAUCUACAGUCCGCCGUUCUUUACCAGUCGGAGUGGAUACAAGAUGUGCGCUCGUAUGUACUUGAAUGGAGAUGGAAUGGGCAAGGGAACGCACCUCAGUCUUUUCUUUGUUGUGAUGAAGGGCGAGUACGACGCCCUACUGAAGUGGCCUUUUCAGCAACGUGUCACGUUUACGCUCGUCGAUCAGGAGUAUUCCCGACAUAUCAGCGACACGUUUCAGCCGGAUCCGUCGAGUUCGAGCUUUCAACGUCCGACGAGCGACAUGAAUGUCGCAUCAGGAUGCCCGCUGUUUGUCCCACUAGAUGCGCUCGAGACUCGUGGAUACAUCAAGGAUGACACCAUGUUUAUACGUAUAGCUGUCGACAUCCAGGGACUUAAUCUUGUGUAGUUUGCCUCAGCCAUGCUCUUUCUAUUUCCUACCAUGAGGCUAUGGCAUGGCUGAGGCGAUCCCAACUACAGUGACGCCAGUGGUGGAUGGAUACACCGGGAGACAGCAAGGCAAAUAUGUUGAACUCGAGUUUUGAUUUUGAUCAAGAAAUGCUUGAAGUACUGAUGACAGAGUAGGAUGACAGUGUAAGGGUUGAUGUCAGCAUAGGGUUGGUUGGUGUCAGUGUGGGUUGAUGUCAGUGUAGGGUCGGUUGGUGACAGUGUGGGGUCAAAGGGAUGUGAUUGAAAGCCAUGCUUUGAUGACAUUUACAACCAGAGUCUGAGACUAUUGUGUUGCUACGUAAUCGUUGAGAAAUUUGACGUUUUUGGUGUUA